CUCAACUCUCCCUCCGACACCUUUCUUUUUUUGUCCCUUCUUCCUUUCUCAUGACCAACAUUGAAGAUCUUAACGCUCCCUUUGACCCUUUUGCCGAUCUUGAGGAAGAAAACGCCCCCAAGGCUGCCAACCACAUCCAUUUGCGUAUUCAGCAAAGAAACGGACGUAAGACAAUCACCACCUUCCAGGGAUUGCCCAAGGAGUACGACAGUAAGAAGAUUCUCAAAGUCUUCACCAAGAAGUUUGCUUGCAGUGGUACUAUUGUUGAUGAUGAAGAGCUCGGUCAAGUACUCCAGCUUUCUGGCGAUCAGCGCACAAAGAUUGCCGAGUUCCUUGUGAGCGAGGAAAUCGCAAAGAAAUCAGAAAUCAAGAUUCACGGUUUCUAAACAAAACAAAACAAAAAGACAAAAAUAAUAGCCCACAAAACCAAACGACAAACGACAAAGUCAACGUCAACGUCAACAACAAUAUAUUAAAAAAAAAGACGUAAUAUAUAUUUAUAUUUAUAUAAGAGUUAUUAUACUUUAUUCCCCCUUCUUAUAUAUGUAUAUAUGUAUAUAUAUAUGACAGUCUCUUCUUUUUCUUCUUCUUCUUUUUGUGUAUUUUUCUCAUCUAUAUCUACCAGUUUCUUUUGUUCACUUUUUCUAUAUAUUCUUUGUACAAGUAAAUAUAUAUGUAUAUGUAUAACAAGAGGAAACAACAAAUAGAGAAAGUAUGUUGAAGAGCGUAAAUUUGUCCCAAAGAAAUAAGAAGGCUUUUCUUUAUAUCCU